AGUGCUUACCAGCUGCUUUUCAUUCGCGCAACAUUCUCCGCGUCUCCGAACAACUCGAGAGCCCUCUGUCCCAGAUUAUGCACAAUCGCAUAGAUGCGUAUACGGCAUUUAUAUUCGAUCUGACAGGGUUGCUGUUCAGAGACUGCGUUCGACACAGAAGUGUUUUGCCAAAGAGAGCAACAAGAUGAGUUCAUCUAAGAAAAACAGAGAAGAAACAAAUGAUGAAGAUGAUUUCGUUGUGGAUGUGUCGAAAGAAGCAAAGACUUGUUUAGAAAAAUUUCUAGGAGAUGUGAGCAAAUCUUCAGCCACCAAGCAAAUAAUCAUUGGUAGCACAUCAGGAUGGGUUACUGGAGUUGUCACUAUGAAGAUUGGAAAGGUAGCAGCCUGUGCAAUUGGUGGUGGUAUCAUUAUAAUGCAAGUAGCUGCGCAUCAGGGCUAUAUAAAGAUUAAUUGGGACAAGGUUAUGAAAAAGGCUGAAAAGAUUUCAGAUAAGGUAGAGGAAAAAAUUAGUGGAGAAGGACCAAACUUGAUGGACAAGGUCGAAAGAUUUGUCGAUCGCAAGUUGGAUAAAGCAGAACGCUUAUUGAAACAAGGCGAAAAUCGUACGCGACGCUGGUAUCACGCAUUAACCGGCACCAACGAUGGCUUCCAACCGAAUGAACUUCACUUCUUCCUAGUUUCCUUCGCGGCGGGAGUCGCACUUGGUAUCGCUACCGCCAACUAGGUAAUAAGUUGCUGCACUCUGAACGCAACCAAGAUGGUCAAUAUUCAUGCGGAAGCCAGUUCCGUCAUUGUCGAUCACGACGAUAUCGAUAAAUGCAGUACUAUCGUGAACGAAGUGCGAAAUAAAAUCAAUGAGCUGAAGAAAUGGGUGGCGAAUUACACUUAACAAUAUGCGCAUCAAACAAAUGAAAGUCCCCGUUUUUUCUCUGCGUCUGAGAUUAUGCAGAAAAAGAAAUUAUUAAGAAUAGUGCGACUGUUGAAAAAUUGAUAAAUUUUGUAAUCUAUUCUCUCUCUCAUUUUAUAUUUUUAUUUUAUGAAUUUAUAUAUUAUAUUGGAAUAUUUAUCACGCAAAUAGAUACGAGAUCAAGUGCGCUCUCAGCAAUACUAAAGGAUUAUGAUAUUACGCAAUAUAACUUCUAAAAAUAAGAAUAUAUAUAUGCGUACAUACUUGCAUUGAAUUUUUUCCAAGUAAAUAAAGUAAUUUUAUAAAUCUUUAAACUAUAUUAUUCGAUUUCAGUGAAACGAGAUAUUCAAGUAUUGAUUUGAGAAAUACACGUAUACACAUUGAACUUGGUCCCAUUCCUACAUGUAAGUUUAGGAAACUUUAGAGUUUCAUACUAAUAUUGCUACAUGUAGAGCAUGUACGAGGAUUCUUGUAAAAAUACGCAUGACGAAUACAUAAAAUGUUAGAUAAUUCUUGUUCGUUCAGAAUGCAGCAAAAAAAAAUUAGUCAUCUCAGGAUAUAAAUGUUAAUGUAAUAUCGUAAAGAAUUUGUGGAUCUUUUAUUAUUGAUAUACUUAAUUCGCUGAUUACUAAGUAUUCUCAUCGUGUUGUUUAUACUUAUACAAACUCAGUAUGUACCUAUAAUAAAAAUGAUUUAACGAUA